AUGUUUCUCAGUGGCCCUCUGAGGCCACGGGCCAAAUCGACGGAAUCUCCGAGGGAUAAAACGGGACAGCUUACAGCUGUUAAGCAGAAAACAGUUGCCCCCAGUCCCAUGACAAGUAAACGGGAAUUCCUUAGGGAUAAUCCGGAGACAUCUGAAAGGGGCCUCCAAGAGCGGUCUGAUCGGGAUUUCGUAAGAAAAGCCUGGAGGUCAAGUGACACAAGCGUAGAGGCGUCAAGUGGGCAGGCAACCACAUAUUUUAGUGCGUCCACGGUUGUGGAAGCACCAGGUGAACUAAGGGCUGAGGCAGGGGCUGAGGCCUCCCCAGAAGUCAAACAACUGGGUAAAAAUCGCAUUAAACAGUUAAACGGGGCACAACCUCCGCUACGCUUAGAGGAGGAACAAGACAAAAUCAGCCUCGCACCAAGCGGUGCUGGAACCCCCAGAGUCUUUGUUUCCCCCAACAGGAUUCCAAGGACAUCGGACGGACCGGAGCAUGUAGUUAAUCCUGGGGAAACCGGGGCUCAAAGCCGCCUUGUUCCCCCUUCCAGAGCCGUGUUUAUGCAAAAGGUGGUGGCAGAUGUCUUUGCUGCUGAGAAUGAGAGAAGGGCUGCCGCCCUGGCUUCUCGUGUUAGCUCAAGGACUAUCUCUCGAGCUGAAGGUUCAGUUGAUCUCUCACGUUUCGCGGAGCGGGCUAAUGUAGCGGCAGCCGCUGCCGAACAGCUGAGAAACAUGGAAGGUUUCAGCACAAGAGGCGCGGCAAAUGCAGAAAGCCUUGAAGCCAUACAGGGACGUGGCGUGGGAGCCACAAAUACUAAGGGGCGUCUCAGUGUUCACCCAGGCUUUCCAGCUAAUGGGUCUCCCGAAACGACUUUCUCUCAGCUGAAAGCAGGAGACGGCACAAGUUACAAAGGGGGUUCUGACGUGAGCAGCAGUGAACUAGAUCAUGAAGCAUCGAGUCCUGCACGUUUACGUAUGCCUUAUAGCAUUCAUGGGACUCAGCAGGCCUUGAGUGCCGUGGUGGAAUUAGACGAGCAGAGACGGGCAGCUAAGAUUGCUUCCCGAAGUUGCUCUGGAAUCAUUUCAAGAGCUGAGGGCAUACAUGAUCCAGUGGAGCUUGAUGGGCGUUCGGAUGUCACAAAAGCAGCAGCAGAACAGCUUUGGAAGAUGGAACAGAAGACGAAAAGAAUGCCGGCCGCUACAAAAAUACAAGCAGUAUGGCGCGGGAAGAUGCUGCGCGUGUGGAUGGCUUCUGCGCGGGCCGUUGCACGUUCUGUCGACAUGGGCCUUCGAGGCUUAGAUGCAACCAAAAUUAAGUGGAACUGCAUAGCGCAGCUUGGUAAUGACACUUCCCGAAACAUAGAGCAUGUUGCAGCUGCCAACGUUUCACUUGCUCCAGGAUGGCAGCCUCUAGCGAACUUUUCUGUACGUGUACGCACAGGUCGUGGUGGCUCUGUUAAUCCAUUUUCACCCGUGUUUUCAUUUCAGAGGAGCGUCAGCAUGAGCACAGUUGGUCACCAACUAAGGAGUGUGGCAGAUGAUCCAAUGAACAUGCUAAAUUCGUCUUCGCCUCGGCGCCCCAGGAGUUACGGGGCACUUCACCAAAAUGUAAGGAGCAGCUUACUUCAAUUGAAACCGCAUGAAUAUAUAGGCCAAAUGCGUAAGACCAGCAGCCUCUCGGAGCUAGACGAGCAGUGCCUGGGAGACACUUCAGGGUUCGCUGGAGGUAGCAGCCAGAUGUCAGAAGAUCACUGGCAGGGGAAAGCCAAGAUUGCUGGGGGGGCAUUUCGAGAACGUAUGGAGAGCAUAGCUGCUACCAUGUCGCGUUUGUCAAGGAACGAAGCUCAUCACUUUUCUCCAAUACCAGAUUACACGGACUCUAGCCGAAACUCAGGAGCGUCCUCCGUAGAGUUUGAGUGCGACUCUGGAUCAAAAAGGGAGGAAGCAACUUCCUCAAGACGCCCAACCCCCAGUAAAUGUAAAGUUGUCUCAAGAAACGGAAAAGGUGAUGGCCCGAUAUGUGAACGAUCGCAGUCAGCGGCAUUUGAAAGGAACCAGGUUUCCUCCGUGAGCCACCCUGUUCUUCCGCGUCUUAAUUUCUUUUGGCUUCGUGAGGAACAAGCACAGUCGCCUCCACUUUGUCAAGAUCAGGAGUUGUCUAGAGAAACAAGCAGUGCUCUACUUCUUACUCAAUCAGCUCCACAGUUUCCCGAUACCCGUGCAGAUCACAUACGGGCACAGAUUAUAAAAGAUUUGUAUCAACAAGACACGGACGAGGGUUUACACGAAAUCGAUUUCGUGUUGGAAUCUAUUACGAGCGAAAGUCGGUCUCCAAAGAAUAAAACGAAAACCUACGGGACAUCCUCCAACAAAUCGCCCCCGAAUGCAACCUUAGAGAAGCUUCGAUCAAUGCCAGUACGAUUGUGGGAAACACAAGGAUCUCCCAUUGAAGAUCCAGCAAGUUCUCCCCUAUCAGAAACAAUAACGCAUCUUGGCUUAUCCCGAUACCGCAGCACCCACAUAAGAGAACACUCACGCGCCAAAUUGUCCAACCAUAUGUUCAACAGGCUAAAUAAGGCUCACGUCCUAAGCAAACAUAGCAGACGAACACACACAGACACUCAGCAAAACCGAUCAAAGCAACAAUCACGGCCAGCACAUUCGGCAUGCAUAAUCCCUUUCACCGCGGGCAGAGCUGCAACAGAAGGCGGUGAGCAUGCCGUGGAUGGCGUUGCGUUUGGACCUUUAACGAAGGAGGAGGCCGAGCGUGUGAAGGGCGCAGCUGAGGCUUCGAAGGGUGGGAGUGUCGAGGGUGCGUCUGGAGCGAAGGCAGGAGGCGCUUUG